UUCGUCUCAAGAACAAUGCGCUGAAACAAUGGACCCGGAAUCGCUGUUCGUGAGUAGAUAUUCGGAUGAGGAUUCACCCCACGACGAUUCAUAUCAAAGCGCUUUUGAAGAACCUCGAAUUGCAAAACUCGGAAGUACCAUUCCAAUACCAUCACAGUUCGAUAUGCCUGAGAGCGAGGGACAGGAGGAAGGCUUUCACCCUACCACAAAUCAGCAACCUCCAGAAGUGGACAUAAUCAACGCAGUUAUUAGAUCUGAUGAUGUAACUACUGGAGCUUUGAACACAUCCUCUGCUCCACUUGGAAAACUACCCAAGAGACCAAAAAAUACAUUGUACCACCGUCCACAGAGGCUGAUAACAACUGCUCCGCGGACUCGAUUGCUCGAUAUUGAUGCUUCGCCUGGGAGAUCGACUAGUGCCACCAAUCCAAGAACCAAGACCGGUCACUCACUUCCACAAGAUGAUCCGCGGGAACUCUCCAACAAGCGGCAAAAGCGUGGUCAAAACGUCUCAGUGCAGAAUCCCGAAGGUGCUCGCAAGCCGGCUUCAGCGAAAGGAAAGGUACCUAGAAAGGUGGUACCGUCUCCAUCGCCAGUAUUGAUUGGUUCUUCGAGAACUCUUCGCUCUUCGGGAAAACAAGCAGAGCCAACAUUCGAUCUAUCUGUACCCAUAAACCAGCAGAUUGGAAAGAACGAUCGUGCGAGCUCGGGGACACAACAUCAGUAUGUCGACAAUGAGAGUGUCUUGCCAACUGCCAUGAACAAAACUCGAUCUAUCACGCAGUCUCAGGGUCGGAAACGUACUCACCCCGGAGGGGUCUUACGGAAUGCAGUCGGUACUGCCAGCGCAGGCCAGUCCGCCCACCCGGAUAUCGAGAGUGAUGCUCCGCCACUGUUAUUUCCAACCAUAGCUCAAAUCCCCGAUACCUCGAUGGAGGAGCCACAUCGACCGGUACUGGACCAAGACCCGCACGCCCAGGCCAAUGCAGGUGCUUUAACCAGCGAGGCCACACCAUUGCCUCGGGUCAACGAAGUGCGGUCAACGAGCAAUCAGCUGGCUGAACCUGAAGAAGAUACUCCACAGCCCAAUGUUGAGCUAUGCCAGAGUCCUGCGCGUCCACAGACUCGCAUAUCUGGACAUGAAGGGGCAAGAAUGCAAAAUUUGGAGAGCUUUGUCGAGGAGGACGAUCCACAAGACGAGACUAUUGAGGAUGAGACACACGACAAUGAAACUGAUCAUUCGCAGACAGUUCCUGUGCCAGAGCCAUUGAUCAAAGCCCUGGGAUUUGCCCGCGUCAUUCACAAACAAGCAAAUUCGGACCGGUUCGAGCGGAGCUUUCAUGGAGUCCACAUCCUCAAGGCUUACGACAGCUCAAAAAAGACCAUUGAUGGCUGGAAAGCUGAAAAGGACUACGGCCGGACAAGCAAAGUCAUCAAGCUUUCGAACUUGAUCACAAAAGAGGCAGAGGCCGUGCUUAAGCAGCCCGGUUGGAAUACAGCGACAGGCUUCAAGUACAUGUUCACACGAGUACUUCCGACAGUCGUGCGCUUGCUGCACAACUCGCUGACUUACUUCCUCUCGGAGGCUGGGACCAUGACGAAACUUACCUUCGAGCAGGUGAACAUAUCUAGGAGUCUGGCAAAAACCAUCGUCUACCUUUCAGACCAGGCCAUGGGCUCGCAGAUCAAGACUAUACGUGGUCGAAACGUUAUCAGUAUGAUCAAGGAGAUCAGGCUUGUGCGUAGUGUUUUUGAGCAGCAAUUGACCUCGCUCAAAGAAAACAGAUCAGCAGAGAAAUACUCUCAGAGUCAGCAACUCCAACGAUCGCGGCAGGCGAUCAUCGAUGCAGAAGAAGAUGAUGACCGCAAGAUGAUGAGAUGGAGGGAGAAUUGGCGAAUUCUUCACGAUCAGAGACUUGGUGCGGAACUAGAAGGUCGCGUCUUUCUUGACCCAGAAAAGGAAAAGCACCUCAAGUAUGUUCCGCUUGAGCAAUCGAACGUCCCAUAUACCUGCUGGGAUCCGGAUUCUCAGAUCUAUCCACUAGUGGAAGGUCUCUUGGAGCUCACAGGUCCGGACGUGUAUCGGAAGAUCUUUCGCAAGUACUGCAAAUUUGGGGGGCCACUCCAGCCCUUCAAUGUAUCCGAGAUAGUCGACAAGGCGGUCUCACUGAAAGAGCAGUUCAUGAAGGAGGCUCUGGAGGAUGACGAGGAACGCGAGCAGUGGAUCAUUGACAUCUCCGACCCGAGGAAGCCUCCUAUAGAGGUGGUCGCGCGUGAGAGUCGUUCGUGACUGAUCACCACAAACAUUGCUCAUCUCUGGCAGAUCAAAGCUACAUGUUCUGACUAUAGCUGCACUUACUGAAUCCAAUAACCCUACCGCUUGUCAGAUGAUUUGUGGCAGACUUGAUUGCCCAGAUCCAGAAUUCUCAAUUUCACCAACAUGAAACGAUAACUCCUCCGCGUACGAAAACGCGAGCUAUACAUACUGCGACUAUCGAAAGUAGUCCUAAGUGCCCAACACAUUGUCGUCGCAAACUUCCGGACCGACCUUAGAAAUCCGCGCGAAGUAGGGUAUGCUUCAGACAGCCCGUCAUCAAGGACCUCAGUUUAGGGCUGUACUUUUGCGAGUGAGUGAGCCAACAGCUUGAAACAUCGCGAGAACCCUCAUCUAGUCUUUCCGAUUACGCUCGCAAGCUUCUGUCGAGACUAGAUCUCCUCGCAAAGAACGUUGUGCUUCAUACAGUGUAUCACCCAAGAGCCA